AUGACCGAUUACAAUUGUCAAAUCUGGGACCAGUUAAGCAGAUCUCCAAUUUUGAUCUUUGCGGCUUAUACAGAUCGCGAUUUCAACCGUUGGUUAAUACUCGCUGAAGCUCUGCCACGUGCCCACGUGCUAUCAAAGAGCUUAAUAGCAUCGGCGACGAUCAACAUAGGGCUUGCACUUGUGAUCCUGUGUCUCUUCUCCGUGUUCCGGAAACAGCCUGCCAAUGCCAACAUAUACUACCCUCGUCGUCUCGCUCUUCGCCAUACAAUUUCCUUCGAUCGUUCCUCCAACCGAUUCUUUCCGUCCGUUGAUUGGAUCCGAGAUGCUGUUAGAGUUACGGAGGACGAAAUCCUUUCUACCCUCGGCCUUGAUGCACUCGUUCUCAUCAGAUUUUUUAAACUCGGGAUAAAGUUUUUUGUGGUAUGUUCUGUUGUCGGAUUGAUGGUUCUUUUGCCACUCAACUAUUCUGCUGUCUCCCCCUGA